AUGACUCACUGUCAAUCUCAUUGCAGUCCAGUGCUUAAAAAUUAUCAGCCAGUCCUCUCGCUGAUUUUUGCCAUUCGUGAGAUCAAUAAGAACCCCAAACUUUUGUCUAAUGUCUCUCUGGGUUUCAACAUCUAUGACAACCUGUUUGAUGCACGCAGCACAUAUGAGAGCUUGCUGGACCUACUGUUCACACAACAAAUGAAUGGAAUUAAUAAUAAUAAUAUGAAUGAGGAUGUGUUGUCUGUCAUUGGAGGUCUCACUGUAGAAGAUGCCAACCAACUGGCCACCAUCUUGGAUCAAUACAAGAUUCCUCAGCUCACUUAUGGUGCGUAUGACACAACACUCAAGGGUAAAACUAAUUUCCCUUCCCUCUACCGGAUGACUCCAAGUGAAACCAUUCAGCCCAAUGCAAUUGUCCAGCUGCUCCUACAUUUCAAAUGGACAUGGGUUGGCCUCUUUGUUUCAGAUGAUGACGACGGAGAAACAUUUUUGCAGAUUUUAACACCUCUACUUGCCCACAAUGGCAUUUGUGUUGCCUUCUCACACAGGGUAGAAAACCUAAAACGUGAUUCAGAAAAAGACGUGUCAAAAAUAGGGUUGCUACUUUUAAGAGAUGUCAAUGUGCUUGUUGUCAGUGGAAAUUCCCGCUCUCUUUGGAAUUUAAUAACCAAAAUAGAGCAUGCUGAGUUCUUCAAGACUGACAACUUUGCAAAAGUUUGGAUUAUAACUGCUCGGUGGGAUUUCACCCAACAACGUUUCUUCAGAUUUCCUACAGCUACUUUCAGUGGCACCUUGUAUUUCUCAGCCCACAGAGAUCCAGUGCCAGAAUUCCAUGAUUUUCUCAAGAACAUAAAGCCUGAUCCAUCACUGAUGCACUUCCUUUGUAUAUUCUGGCGAUUUCUAUUUACCUGUACUUUUCCCAAUGAAAACUUUGCACAUUGUGAAUAUGGGAAAAGGUGUACAGGAAAGGAGGAACUGGAAACAGCAUCUGUGAUUAUGUUUGAGAUAGAUAUGACUGGGGAGAGCUAUAGUGUCUACAAUGCUGUCUACGCUAUAGCACAUGCUUUACAUUCCAUUCAUGGGUCAAGACAAAGAACAAGGCUGCAAGGAGGCACAACAAAUGUUCAGCCAUGGCAGCUCCAUGCUGCCCUGAAAAGCAUCUGCUUCAAUAAUGGUGCUGGACAUGAAAUCUUGAUUGAAAAUGGAGAGGUUUCAUCUGGUUACUAUGAUAUCUUCAACUGGUUUGUUUUCCCCAAUCACUCUGCUCUGAGAGUUCAGGUACCACCACAGUCGAAGUGUGUCGAGGGCUGCCAUCAGGGACACAGCAAGAUAGUUCGGAAGGAGGAACCACCUUGCUGUUAUGACUGUGCUCUGUGUCCAGAAGACAUGAUAGCCAAUGAGACAGAUGCAGAUAAGUGUGUCCAGUGCCAAGAAGAUCAAUAUUCCAAUAUGAACAAAAAUGAAUGUAUUUACAAGUCUAUCACCUUCCUAACCUAUGAGGAGCCAUUGGGGAUUGUUUUAAUUUUCAUAGCUCUUUCCUUUGCUGUGGUCACAGGUAUGGUGAUAUACACCUUUAUGAAGAACUGGAAUACCCCCAUUGUCAAAGCCAACAACCAGAACAUUACCACCACUCUUCUCAUCUCCAUCCUGCUUUGCUUCCUUUCUUGCUUGCUCUUCAUUGGCAAACCUGGGAAGGUGACUUGCCUUCUACGGCAAACAGCCUUUGGCAUCAUAUUCUCGGUUGCAGUUUCUUCUGUGCUGGCAAAGACCAUCAUUGUGAUCCUGGCCUUUCUGGCCACAAAGCCAGGCAACACAAUGAGGAAAUGGCUAGGGCAGAAGGUGGCAAAUGCUGUUGUUCUCUCCUGCUCCCUCAUCCAAGUAGGCAUUUGUACUGCUUGGCUGUCAGUCUCUCCUCCAUUCCCAGAUCUUGACACACACUCUCUGGCUGGACACGUCAUCGUUGAAUGCAAUGAAGGUUCAAUCACCAUGUUCUACAGUGUCCUUGGCUACCUGGGCUUUUUGGCCAUCAUCAGCUUCACUGUCGCUUUCCUCGCCAGAAAGCUGCCUGAUUCUUUCAACGAAGCCAAGUUCAUCACGUUCAGUAUGUUGGUGUUUUGCAGUGUCUGGGUCUCCUUUAUUCCAGGUUAUCUGAGCACAAAAGGGAAAUACAUUGUGGCAGUGGAGGUGUUUGCCAUCUUGGCUUCCAGCACUGGCCUCUUGGCUUGCAUCUUCUUCCCCAAAUGCUAUAUCAUUGUUCUAAGACCUGAUCUAAACAGCAGGAAGCAACUAACAGGAAAAGGGAAUUGA